UAUGAGAGUCGCAAGAGAGAGAGAGUCCUGCAAUGUGGGCAAAAUAGGCUGGCGCACAAAUGAGAGAAGCAGCAAACAAGACUACACAUAUUAUAUAUAUACAGAGCAUACUUUCCUUUACUCGUUUCUCGCUCCAUCCAUAAUCACGUUUAUCAAGGAAUUUUCCCUUUCCUUUACUCUUCCUAUUUCCUUUUUUCCCUUUCCCUCUCGUAGAGGUACAGAGAGGAGUGUGUGUGUGUGUGUGUGUGUGUGUGUGUUUGUCUAGGGAAAUCACCUUGGAUUAUUUUCUUAUCUCAUCCAUUCAAUUCUGUAGAAACAAGCCGGACCCAUGCUUUACGAGGACAGUAUAAUUCAGCAGAAUGUGUAGAGCUUAAAAAAAGCUUAUUUUUUGUGGUGGGGUUUCAUGGGGUGAACUUAAAGGCAUAAUGGGUAGCAUCAGUGAUGAUGAAGAAUGUGUAUUUUUUGAUGCCUCUGAGGACAUUGACCAGGUACCUGAUUUGGGUUCUAACAAACCCCAGGCGCUCAAGUCCAGCUCCAGAUUUGAUAAUUGUGUCACUAGUAGCUACCAGUAUGAUGUGUGGACUAGAAGUCCCAGUAGUGUUAGAGAUCGCCGUAGGGAAUUCUUUAGUUGGAUGGGAGAAGAUCCAGUAGAUGUAUAUGGAAGUUCUGAUUCUAGUUGUGAAAUUCAACGGAUUAUGGAGAUUAGUGAGGCUGUGGUGCUGACCUCAAUUCUUGAAGAUGAAGGUCCUUCUCACCAAGUUCCUCUACCUGGUUUGUCAGUUGGUGUUUUGGGUUCGUAUAAAGUGUUGGAUUCAAAUGAGACAUUUGUGUGUCGGAGUGGCAAUCCAGAUGGUGGAAGCGGGUGCAAUGUACAUCACCAGGCCGAGAAUAAUCACAGAACUAUGAAAUUGGAACAACAAAUGAUGACUCACGAGUCGAAGCAUUCAUAUCUGUCCCCCAUAAUUCAGCAACUUGGACAACGAGAAUUUGAGGCCAAUGGAGAUGCUGGGAGGAAAUCUAAUGUGGUCAAGAGGCGUUUAAUAAGUAGAUUGCGAUCACUGACGUGCAUUGUAAAUGGCAGAGGGAGGAGUAACAACUCAAAGGCCGACAGCUCCAGCGCUGUCCAAAGGUCGAGGGUUCAGAGGGCUAAGGUUCACCACCGCAAGAAGCGAUUAAAUGAACUAUCUGGACUUUUUGUGGGGCAAGAUAUCCAGGCUCAUGAAGGUUCAAUAUUAACUAUGAAAUUCAGCCUUGAUGGGCAAUACCUAGCCAGUGCUGGUGAAGAUAAGAUUGUGCGUGUAUGGCAAGUGGUGGAAGAUGAGAGAUCCGAUGAAGUUGAUAUUCAAGACCUAGAUCCGUCUUGCAUGUACUUCACUGUGAACCAUCUUUCACAACUUGCUCCUUUGGUGACAGAGAAAGAGAGAAUCAAUAAAUUGAGGGGUCUAAAGAAAACAACAGGGUCUUCCUGUGUCAUUUUCCCGCCUAAGUUCUUUCGGAUUUUGGAAGAACCGUUGCAUGUGUUCCAAGGACAUAGUGGCGAUAUAUUGGAUGUCUCGUGGUCAAAGAAUAAUUAUUUGCUUUCAUCAUCAACUGAUAAUACUGUUCGUCUGUGGCAAGUUGGAUAUGAUAAAUGCCUCAAAGUUUUUUCACACAGUAAUUAUGUCACCUGCAUACAAUUUAAUCCAGUAAAUGAUGAUUACUUCAUCAGUGGUUCAAUAGACGGAAAAGUUCGCAUUUGGGCAAUUAACAGCGGUCAGGUUGUGACUUGGACUGACAUAAAAGACAUUGUGACUGCUAUUUCCUAUCGUCCUGAUGGGAAGGGUGGGAUUAUUGGUUCUAUAGCAGGCACAUGUUGCUUCUUUAGUUUAAUCGAUCAUGAGAUUCAACUGGGGGAGCAGAUUUAUUUGGGCAGUAAGAAGAAGUCACUUUGCAAAAGAAUUACUGGCUUUCAGUUUCUACCACAAGACCCAAGUAAAGUGAUUGUUACUUGUGCGGACUCGCUUGUAAGAAUCCUUAGUGGGAUCAAUGUGAUUGGCAAAUACAGAGGCCUAAGAAAUGCAGGAAGCCAUCUCUCUGCUGCUUUCUCCUCAGAUGGUAGACAUAUCAUCUCUGCAUCUGAAGAUUCUAAUGUCUAUCUGUGGAACUGUCACAUUCCAGAAGAGUCUUCUGUGUCUCAACCUGAAGCAGUGAGAUCAUUUGAGUUCUUCUAUAGUGAUGCAUCCAUUGCAAUACCUUGGUCUGGCCUGAAAAAUGUCAACCACGAGAAUCAGUGUCAGUCACAAGGACUAAGUCAAAGCUUAAACAAUUUUCCGUUCGGGGCUUCUCCUUGUUUCUCUUUAGGACAAGGGUUGUUUUUAGAGGCAAUUCCCAAGGGAUCUGCGACCUGGCCUGAAGAGAAGCUUCCACUGUCAAGUCCCCGGUCUGUGCCUUCUGCGAUGUGUAAAUCUCAAUACAAGUUUCUCAAAAGUUCUUGCCAGAGUUCAUUGAGUUCUCAUGCAUGGGGCUUAAUUAUUGUUACUGCCGGCUAUGAUGGGCGAAUAAGGUCAUAUCAUAAUUAUGGACUGCCUUCACCACUUUGAGAAGUAUAUUUUCAGGAUUUUCAAGGAAGUGAAAGUUAUCUCCUCUUUUGGUACCUCUUUUCUGGAUUGCAGAAACUGCCAUUGCGUCUAUAUCCUUUGUCAAGGAACUACUCGACAGAGUUCACUAUCGCAACGAGAGCCCCAUAGGAGAAAUGAUGUUUGACCAACCCCUUUAGGUACUUACAAGUUAUAUCAGAGUUUGCUUGGAUAUGUCUGAUCACCUAAUUUUAGUUUAUUAGCGUCAUUCAUCCACCAACCCUGGAAGGAAAUGCAUAUUUUACAAGAGGUCAACAUAAUAUGCUUAUCCAUAUGAGUUGCCUACGGGGCCUUUCAUUAUUCUCUUUCCUUGGUUAUCUAAAUGAGAUCAGGGAAUGAGCUAGUGGCUGUAAUUUGCUCAAGGAGAAUAUGUGGGGAACUUCAUCUUUUAUGACAUGCUGGCUGUUCUGAAUGAUUGAAUUGUUUAUCUGCCAUACAGUCAGUCCAUUGAAGAUAGGAGUAAUCACAGGUUGAUUAUGAGGAAGGUGGGGGCCGCUUCCUGCUAAAUUGGAGUGUCGUAGCAGCUGAACGUGCAUGAGAUCUCAGUUACUAAUAAAGUAAGAAUUCUCCGGGGCUGGUGCUCUGCUCUACCUCUGCUUGGAACAGCACCUUUUGUGGUAAAAGAGGGAGGUUCAUUACAGAGAGGGUGCUGGUAACAUGGGUCUUUCUGGGGCACGGUUCUAAACUCGGUGGUUAAUGCAUCCGCUCCUCUACCCUUCUCCACUUAAAUACUAAACGUUUGUGACAUGCGUGUAAUCCAACACGUCACGCGUUACAUCAAAGUUCGGGUGCAAGGCUGCUGGUAACAAUAGUUACACUAACAUAGAUGGCAUUUUCAAAUUUACAGCUCCAAAAUUGUAUUUAGUAGCAUCACAAUGUUGGUACAACACACGUGUGAAACAGCAAAAUGUGACUUCAUUGGUUAGUUCUGUACAUAAAUCAGUAGUUAUUAGUGUAUGUACAUGUAUAGAACUGAGCGCUCUUUUUGCAAAAUUGUUAAUAGCAGCUCAACCCCUUGCUUUGAGGUUCAA